GUCGUCGUCAAGCCCAUCAUCCCGACGACUGGGACGGACGGACCGGACGAGACGGCGGGCGGCUUGGCUGAGCUCAACGUAACUUGGGUUAUUGGUCGUCGAAAUGGGCCAUCUCUCUCUGCUUCUGCUCGCCAUCCUCCUCCUCCUCGCCUCCUCCGUCGUCCAUGCCAGAGCUGCCGCCUUCACCGAGGAGAAGGGCGUUGCCGGGAUCAGGGGCGUGAUAGGCUCGAGGCCGCCGAGCUGCGAGGGGAGGUGCAGGUCGUGCGGCCACUGCGAGGCGGUGCAGGUGCCCAUAAGCCCGCAGGAGCUGCAGAAGAAGAGAGGCGGCGAUGCCAGGAGGAAGAAGAAGAAGCUCGCCGGCCAUGGCGACAGAGCUGCGGCUGCUGCCGGUGGUGGAAGGGGCGCCACGCCUGAUUCCUACGAUGACCACUCCAACUACAAGCCGUUGAGCUGGAGGUGCAAGUGUGGGGGGCUCAUCUUGAACCCAUGAAGAAAAAUUAAUCGAUCCCCACAGUUCGAGGAGCUUGUGGUCAAUCUUGUGGAUAUAGGAGUAGUAUAGUACAUGGUGAUGGCGUUUCAAUCGGGUUCAUCUUGCCGCUGAUUUGUUUCUUUCAAUUUGUUGAUCAUAUCCUUUUUGUAUGGGGGGCGACAAAGCUAGCUUCAAAUUGUCCUUUAAUUUCUCCGGGCCUUUUGUAACAAUCACUAGUUAGCUUGU